UUGCGUGAUCGUCGGUGCUACAAACUGCGCCUGCGCAAGGGCCUCGGCCUUUUCCCCCCCGUAGAGCUGCUGGGCCUGCAGGUCUGUGGCAAUCCGCGGACGGCGGUCCCUGUUCGGCAGGAUGGGGUUUGUUAAAGUUGUGAAGAACAAGGCCUACUUCAAGAGAUACCAAGUGAAAUUUAGAAGAAGACGAGAGGGUAAAACUGAUUACUAUGCUCGGAAACGCUUGGUAAUUCAGGAUAAAAAUAAAUACAACACACCCAAAUACAGGAUGAUAGUUCGUGUAACCAACAGAGAUAUCAUUUGCCAGAUUGCCUAUGCCCGUAUAGAAGGGGACAUGAUAGUCUGCGCAGCUUAUGCUCACGAACUCCCAAAGUACGGUGUGAAAGUCGGCCUGACAAAUUAUGCUGCUGCAUAUUGUACUGGCCUGCUGCUGGCUCGCAGGCUUCUCAAUAGGUUUGGGAUGGACAAGAUCUAUGAAGGCCAAGUGGAGGUAACCGGAGAUGAAUACAAUGUGGAAAGCAUUGAUGGUCAACCUGGUGCCUUCACGUGCUAUUUGGAUGCAGGUCUUGCCAGAACUACCACUGGGAAUAAAGUUUUUGGGGCUCUGAAGGGAGCAGUGGAUGGAGGCUUGUCCAUCCCUCACAGUACCAAACGAUUCCCUGGUUACGAUUCAGAAAGCAAGGAAUUCAAUGCAGAAGUACAUCGGAAACACAUCAUGGGUCAGAACGUUGCAGAUUAUAUGCGUUACCUAAUGGAAGAAGAUGAAGAUGCUUAUAAGAAACAAUUCUCUCAAUACAUAAAGAACAACGUAACUCCAGACAUGAUGGAGGAGAUGUACAAGAAAGCACAUGCUGCUAUAAGAGAGAAUCCAGUUUAUGAGAAGAAGCCUAAGAAAGAUGUUAAAAAGAAGAGGUGGAAUCGUCCCAAAAUGUCUCUUGCCCAGAAGAAAGAUCGGGUAGCUCAGAAGAAGGCAAGCUUCCUCAGAGCUCAGGAGCGGGCUGCUGAGAGCUAAACCAAACCACAAUUUUCUAUGAAGAUUUUUCAGAUAAAGUAAUAAACUUAUUGACCAAGCAACUACUCUGUGUUAAGCUCUUAACUUUUUUAUGAAACUGUAGGAAAUAUCCUGGAGUAUAAAAGCAGAGGAGUUGGCAUAUAUUUUCUCCAAGACAUGAAUAUAGCUUUUCUAGGAAAAGUUCGUCUGCGUGCUGACUCCAGCAAAGUUCACAUCUAUUACCUUGGGCUCUUGUUCUCCAGCAGGAGGUACCAUCCUUCAAAAUACAGGGUUAAGAUGUACAGUUUUCCCUAAAAAAAUCUGGCAAGUAACAGACCAACCGUCACUAAGAAAUAAUUCUUCCAUCCAUUUAUUGUAACCAGAUAGAUGAUGAGCGGGAAGAAAAAGUACCUUCAAAGUAUAGAAUCUUAAACAACUGAUGUUAAUCCGUGGCUUUUUCUUUACAGAAAGCUGUCCAAUGUCCAGUGAAGGACACAUAGCUUUAACACAUUCACUUUAACCAUGUGAAACCUUUGAACAGAAAAUGCUGGGUCUUUUCUCCAAAAGGUAUUUGAUUUUUGUGGAGAUGUUGAAAGGUGCAUGCCAGAUCUGAGUAUACGAAUAAAAAUAACAUGAGUGAGAA